AUGGCUAUUACGAACAUCUUCAUAGCUUUCCUCCACUUGCUCCUCCUUGCUCUGAAGGCACAUUCACUUCCUCCAUCACCACCUCAGAAGUUGGGCUGCGUGGCGGAGCUGGUGGCGUUCACGCCCUGCCUGCCAUUUGUGUCAACCCCACCAAACAACGCCACUAACUCUGUUGCUCCACAAUGCUGCGAAGCCUUCUCCUCUGCUUUCGAAUCCGGCGAUGGUUUCUGUUUCUGUUACAUUCUCCGGCAGCCAUUGAUCUUUGGGUUCCCACUGAACAAAACCAGGGUCGCUUCACUGUCUUCGUUUUGUAUGGCCAACAACGGCAAUACCUCUCUGGACUCGCUCUGCUCUUCAGGAAUUCAUCCGGUUUCAGGCCUAUAA